UGGAAUUCUCGUCUCCAUGGCAACACCAGAUUCCUGUGAUGUCACCGGGACUGUGGAACGCGAUGGAAUAAUUCCAGAAUACACCUGCUUCCUGCAGACAAACAGGAAGUUGUUGUUAUAGUUUACCUCAUCUCCUCUCAUAUAAUCUCUCUCUCUCUCGGCAGGUUUGAAUAUUUCAUGUUGACAGACUUUUUCACUCGCGCUGAUGCUUCAUUUUCAGGUUCUCUGGGAAUCUCUCCUGCUGUGAGGCUGUUCAAGGACGCCCAAACGCAGGAAUGCUGCAGAUGUGGGCGGGACUUCCUGUCUGUCUGACCAAUGACAGGAACACCGCUGGUUUCCGUCAGAUCUGUGGAUGGUGAUGGUGUGGCACACCUGUGAUUCGCUGAUCUCUCAUCCGUCACGUGGAGAGGAGAGGCUUCUGAAUUAUUAACCCAAAGGUCACAGGUUUAGAUGCUGCUGAUCUCCUGCCCUGCUCUGUACUGCAGACUAUGACCAACCACCACCGACCCGUCACGGCUGGUUCCGCCCGGCAGUAGAGUCCAAUCAGACGGGACGUCGAGGUCUGCGUUAAAAUGUCUGUGUGUGGCGAGUUUGCAGAGCACGUGUGGAAACCAGGCUCCUGUAAGAACUGCUUCCAUCCUCGCAGCGCCCACGGACAGACUGGCACAGCGGGCAGCGCCUGCGUCCGAACGAGUCUGAUCGGGGAAGAUGAGGAUGGGGUGACGUCUCCCUCUCCGUAUAGCAAACCCACCAUCGCUGUCAGACCCACCAUGAUGAACAUGGACAUUACAAUGGAGGUCAAGACGGACAUUAACAUGAAUACAGAACAGGACAACCAGAAGACCUCUGCUGGACUAAAGAAAGCUCUGGAUUUGGCUCCUCUGUACAUCGAUAGCAAUGGAUGUAAUAAAUCUCUAAGAGAAACCAAUAUACAAAAUGGGAAGAUUUUCUCCCAGAACGUUUGUUCUCCCACUGGAUUAUCCAAAGACUGCAUGAUUAUUAGCAGUGUAUUUGUGAGCCAAGAAGAUGGCUGCGUUUCCCAAAGUCCGAAAGAGAACGGGAACGGUAGCCCCUAUAGACAGAUGACCAAAGUGGUCAAGAGCACUUACACCAAUGGUGAUUCAUGUCUUCACAACGUGACUCAACAAACCAAUGGAAACGGUGAUCGAGUUACGAGUCCUUUAAGAGUGUCCGUAGAGGAAAGGCAAGCCAGAACCGCACCAGGGAAUGUGGUUAAUGCAACGACCAAUGGGACGCCAAGUACUUCACCAUCUCCAAUGACUCCAGACUCCUUCCACGAAAGCCUGUCUGACUCAUGCUCCAAUAGGAGCAGCACGGAUUCGUUACUGGGACUCCGGAGUCCUCAGAAAUCUACGAGCACUCCACCAAACGGGCUUAAGGAAAGCGAGCCGAUCUAUGCUGAGAGCACUAAGAGGAAAAGACGAACUCCGUGCGUCCAAUCCUCUGAGUCUGAAACAGAGGUCAGUGCAAACGACAAUCAAAGAGCAACCAUCACAGUCAUGGCCGCCCAUACCGAAGAAAAUAACCGGACGUUUUACUUGAGCAGCCCGGAUUCUGCUGUGAGCACUCAGUGGACCCACUUCAGCCCAACUGUGCCCAAAGACUCAUCAAGCCUGGCAUUUACUUGGCCAAAUUCUCCUGAUGCAACCCAAGCGACCCCUAACUCGUCCACCCAACCCAAGCCUCAAUCUAGUCCCCCGGUUCCACCUAAGAUUAACUCCCGUCCACCCAGACUUGGUACCUCCAGUCUCUCCUUAGCACCGUUAUCCGAGCUAAGCUUCAAUGUAGUUCUUCCUCCAAAAGACACGACUCCCGUUUCCUCCCAAAGGGACGCCAGCGUCAUCACUGUCCCGGAGCGGAAACACAGGAAUCUGGAGGGCUGUAUUGAUGAGGUGGAAGAGGAGGUCGAGUCUGAGAGGACAGCCCAGAAAUCAGGCUCUUCUACUCGGCCGGGCGACUCCAUCAAUGGUCCCGCUGUUCGGGGGUUUGCGUCCAGAGAAUGGAAGAGCGAGAGCAGUGCGACGCCAGGCACUGCCAACAAAAGCACCAGUCAGACGCAGGCUGGCGUCCCAGAGGAGGACAGCAAAGCCACCGAGAGCAUCAACACCAGUCGAGAUCCCGCGCCGCCUCCGCCACCUCCCAAAAAACACCACCGGGUGUGUAACCGUUUGAGUGGCAGUAAUAUGGAUCUGGAGCGUGUGGGUCAGCAGGGGUCAGUCGAGAAUCUGAGCCAGUCGCUGCGAGGACUGAACUGCUGCACCACCGCGUCCACAGACAGUCUGCAGGCGCUCUCUGACGCCGACUCCACCCUUCGCUCCUGCCCCUCCCCAUUUCCCAGCAGCCCGUUUGGCUCCGCCCCAGCGUCGCCGCAGCCCGACGGGUUUCCCAGCAACAGCCUCGCUCAUCAGCUGCAGCCGCCUCCGUUGCCGCAGAAGAAGCUGGUAAACCGCGCCAUCUCGGCUCCCAUUGAGUCAGGCGUCAAACCGCUCACCCGCAGCCGCCCGCGCCUCCCCUUCAGCGGGUCGGAAACCAACAUCAGCCACCCCGCCGCCGCCGCCGCACCUCCGUCCAGCCCCGUGGACCCGCGUGCGCUCUUCUCCUCCAGUGAGUCUCUCGAGCGCCCGCGGACCCUGGGGAACGUCACGUCCAGCUCGUCGCCGCAGCUCAACACGCUUCCGGCCGCCGGUUCCACGCUGCAGCUGCACGCGCUGCUGAGUAACAUGGACAGCCGCGAGGGCAUCUACUCCAAGCUGGGCGGCCUGUACGCGGAGUCCCUGCGGCGUCUGGCACUGAAGUGUGAGGAGCAUUUCACCCGCAGCCAGAGGAACACGCUCAGAUUCGACGAGAGCAACUGGUCACUCUUCAAACUGACCUGCAACAAGCCCAGCUGUCUGUCCGGAGACGCCGUGUAUUAUUCCGCGUCCUGCGCGUCAGACACGCGCAACACCUACGCUGUGAAGAUCUGUAAAGGCCAGACGUCCGACAGCAAGCAGGCGCAUCUGUACGGCCUGUCUGUGCAGCAGAGCGUCCCGCCUCACUUCAGCCUGCAGCAGGACUGCGGUCACUUCAUCGCGUGCGUGCCGCAGAGCAUGUUACCCAGCGAGGAGCGAGCGCCGGGGCCGUCCGAGCAGGAGCGCGUGGUGGUGAUCACCCGCGAGGUUCCUCACCAGACCGUGGCGGAUUUCGUGCGGGAGUGGGAGUCGUUCCACCGCGCACAGCCGGAGGUUUACGAGCGGCGCGUGUGCUUCCUGCUGCUGCAGCUGUGCACGGGACUGGAGCAUCUCAAAGCGCACGGGGUCACGCACCGCGACGUGUGCAUGGAGAACCUGCUGCUGGUGCAGCACCGCCGCUCGCCGUCCGCAGACGGGACGCGCCCCGACCCGCAGCAGCAGAGCCUCCCGCGCCUCCUCAUCAGCAGCUUCGGCAAAUCCAAACGCCGCAACGCGGACGAGGUCGCGGUUUGCGGCGACUCACGCUUCAAGCGAGAUCACGCCCGUCUGGCGCCUGAAAUCGUCUCCGCCGCGCAGUAUCGGAAAUUUGACGAGUUUCAAACCGGCAUUCUGAUCUACGAGCUCCUGCAUCGCCGCAACCCGUUCGAGGCGACGCCGGCCCUGCGGACGCAGCAGUACAGAUGCGAGGAUCUUCCGGCCAUCCCUAGCGUGUCGAUCUACUCGUCCGGCCUGCAGAGGCUCGCGCACCUCCUGCUGGAGCCCGACCCCGGCCGACGCGUCCACAUCCAGGACGCCAAACGCAUCCUGCAGGCGCUGCUGUGGGGGCCGCGGCGGGACCUGCUGGAGCAGCCGUGGGUCUGCGGGAGCGCGCGGAGAGCCGGUCCGCCGCGGCACGAGGGGCUGCUGAACUGGCUGGACGUGAAGCGAGCGCUGCUGAUGAUGAAGUUCGCCGAGCGCUCGCUGGAGCCCGAGCGAAACGCCGAGCUGGAGGACUGGCUGUGCUGUCAGUAUUUCUCCACCGCAAACCCCAAAUCACUGUGUCAAAGCGCGGAGCUGCUGUACAACCUGCCGUUCACACACUGAACCGGGUCUGUUUAAAGGACUCUCUUGAACUGGUUUUGCUCAUAAAAGCGUCUCGUGUGCAUGCGGCAUGAGAUCAGAUGUGUCUAAACACUGUGUGUCCUUCACUGGAAUCAAACACCAGCACUGACGGACGGACGCUUGCGCUUUAACAUUCCACCCUUUCAUUUCAUCUUUUCUAAUGUGUUUUUAAAUACUUAUGGAAUAACAAAAAAUUAUAUUCUACAUAAAGGAAGUCUUUAAGAUUCUCUAUUGGGACAUUUUCAUGAAAACUAAAAAGCAAAUGUGAAAUAUAUAUGUGUGCUGUCAAAUCGAUUAAUUGCAUCUAACAUAUGUUUGUUUACAUAAUAUGUGUGUAUAUUAUUUGUGUAUAUGUCUAUAUAAAUAAUGCAUAUACAUGUUAUAAUGUGUAUAUACACACAUAAUAUGUAAACAAACUUUUGUUUGAUGUGAUUAAUCGCAAUUAAUCGAUUUGACAGAACUCAUAUUAGUGCUGUUAAAUCGAUUAAUCCUAUCUAACAUAAGUUUGUUUACAUAUUAUAUGUGUAUAUAUUAUAUUUGCUUAUAUUUUGCAAUUAAUCGAUUUGACAGCACUAAUAUAUAUUUUGGACAGUUUAUUAAAAUCUGCAUAAAAGAGGAAGAACAUGUGGAUGUGUGAAAUUCUUUAUUAAAUUUGGUUUUGGGAAAAUGUGUUUAAUUCUCAUAAAAAUAAUGUCAGAAAUCUUAAAGACUUUGUUUUCUUUAUGCAUAAAUUAAUUUCUUCUGAUUUUGAGGUGAAUCUGAUCAGCAGUUUUUGAUCUUGAGUUCUUCUCUGUCGUCCGGAAGCAUGUCUUUGCUUUAUUCCUCACAAACACUGCUUCUUCUGAAGUUGCUCUGAAGCUUUAAGGCAGCUGAAGGGGCUGCUGGGUAAAUGUGACCCUUCGUGUUGAUCUCCGUCUGAUGGAUUUGGGUUUGUGCGGCUGGUAAAUCUCUUCAGAGAGAGAGAUAAAUGUGUGUCACGCAGACGGACGGUGCUGACGCCGCAGAACUCGAAGCGCUCUGCGGGAUUGGAGACGCGUCCUCGUAAAAACGGCUGUAAAAUCUGAGAACAUCUCGUCUUCCUGCCGGUCAGAGGCGCAUGAGGCUUUGAUUAAACUUCCUGUUUGAAGUGGUGUGACUUCCUUGUGCAAUAUUUCUAUCUGGACACUUACACUCAAUGUCAAAAUUACAUGUUUUUUUUCUUCCAUGCUAAUUGUUGAUUUAUUUCGAGUGCCUUUUGUCGUUUAUUUUUUCAGGUUGAAGCCGAUUGUAAGUGUAAAACAUGAUCCUUUCAAACUGUGAGUCUGGAAUUUCACAGGAAGAUCUUCAGAUGGUUUUGUUUUUUUUGUAUAUAUAAAUUGUGAAGCGGGUCUUAACAGCUUGAUUAAAUCACAUACGGUGUGUUUAUAUGUUCAUAACCCUCAUAUUGUUUAUUUCUGUAAAGCAGCAGUAUCUGUUUGGAUUUUAUUUGUAUUCAGAGACGCAGCGUCCUUCUGUCUUCAGGAAAAAGAUGUUUGAAUGGAAAACCACUGGAUAUAAACGUCCUGUAUUAAUAUACUGUGUGUCAAAGACAUCUGCAUCAUACAAUAAAGUGUCAGAUAUUUUCACAGA